AAUAAUUAUUAGCGAUGGGACCAGUUGCAGGGCGUGGGAGAGGUGAACCAUGACCCUGUCGGUUGUUCCUCCUUGCUUAUGCCCUUAAUCACCUCUCACCCUCACCCCUUCUCCUCUUCCUCUUCCUCUUCCUCUUCCUUUAGAUUGCUGUUAGGAAACCAAAUUAAUCCUCUUUCUUUUCCCUUCCCAUGUUAAGAUCGAAGUCUCUCUCUCUCACCUUCCUUCACUUAUUAUUCUUUGUUGUUCGAUACACCUCCUAACCAGUAAUACUCCUCUUCUUCAUCAUUUUAUUCUUGAUCUUGCCAAACCCUAAUAUAUAUAUAUAAAUAAUCAAAAGUUUAUAUAUCAAGAUCUAUGGAGUUUAGAAAUCCUGAUGAUCAUAUUACCACAGCCACCACCACCACCACUGCUACCACUACCAUGACUUUCAAUCAGACAUCUCAAAUCCGCACCUCAGCUUUUUCCAAACCAACUCUUUCUCCUUCCUCAUCUUUGAUUUUAUCUCCUCGAACUAAUUUUCUCUCUUCUUCCUCCACCAGAAACAACAACAACAACAACAACAACGGUAACUGUUUUGAACUUCCUCACACAUCUUCUCCUCCUCCACCACCUCCUCCUCCUCCUCUACAAGUUCCAAUCUUAGCUUCCACAUCUCCGGUGAAGUACCGAGAGUGUCUCCGCAACCAUGCGGCGAGCAUCGGCGGACAUGUCGUUGAUGGUUGCGGUGAGUUCAUGCCCAGCGAAACUGAUGCUAUGAAGUGUGCUGCUUGUGGCUGUCACCGUAGUUUCCACCGGAAAGAUGACUACCGGCUGAGCAACGGCGGGUCACGCCGGCGUGGAAGAAGCUCAAGUCAUGUUCCUCUUUUAUUACCACCACCUUUAGCUCCCAAUCCCCAUCUUGGCUCCUCAGCCACCGAGUCAUCUAGUGAAGAGCUCAACGCUCCGGCUCAGACUCAUUCAGCUGCGGUUCAACAACCAAAGAAGAGGUUCAGAACUAAGUUCACUGCGGAACAAAAGGAGAAGAUGCUUGCGUUUUCAGAGAGAGUUGGGUGGAGGAUUCAAAGACAAGAUGAAGCCAUUGUUGAGCAGUUCUGUGCUGAAGCUGGUGUCAAGAGACAAGUUCUCAAAGUUUGGAUGCAUAACAACAAGAACACUGUCAAGAAACAACUGCAGCAACCCCAACAACAACAGUGAUGAUGAUAGUCAUGGAUGAAUGAUAUGAUAAUCAUGUGGUGGUGGGAGAAGGGGGAUCGAGUUGGGGAGAUGAAUGGCUGCUCUGCAGUUGCACUUGUUUUGGAACUAUUUUGAUUUGCACAUUUGUUGGGUUUUGAGCUGGUGAUGGAUGGGUGCAGUAAGCAGAGAUGUGGUAUUAUUUAGUGGAGGUAGCAAAGCAAAGCAUGGUUUGGUGCUUUUAAUGCUGUCUUAGCUUUUCUAAGCAUGUUGCUAAAACUUGGAAACUCUUGGGUUUGGUGUCUUAAAAGCUGCUUAUCCUCAUCUGUUGUUGUCUUCUGUACUUAGCUUUGGAGGAAGUGGGGGUGGGGGUCACCUAAACUUGAGGACAUUGUUAAGGGUACCUAAUGAGUUAGAGAUUAUGAUUUAUGAUGAUUCAAUUAAUCUUUCA